AAUUUCUAGGCCGCCUCUUCUCUAUCACCACUUCCCUAUCCUUUAUUAUUAAACCCUAACCUAAUUUACGUUUUUCAUCAGUUGCUCUCCUUUCUCUCGCUCACUCGCUCUCAUCAUAUUGGAAAUUACUCCGAUUUGUUCGAUCUAUAAGGUUACAGGUGGUGUGUAUUCUGUGGAGUUACAAAGUUUUAGAGGUGUAAGUGAAACUUAUUUUAUGUCCGAACAAGCCAUCUUCUAUUUGGGAUCCAUUGGAUUGCUAGGAGAGUAUUGUCCUACGUCAAAGAAAAAGAACCGUCAUUUCUCAGGCCGGGUUGACUGUAUGCAUCUCGAAUCAUUAAAGGAAGAGCACUUCGCCUAUUCUGGUUGCUGGAAGGCACAACCGGCACUUUGCAAUUGUUCUUCUGAAGAAUUCUCUUAAUAUACCUAACACUUCAUCCAGGAAUUUCUUGCUGAAUCAAAGAUGGCUUUGCAAAACAUAGGUGCCAGCAAUAGUGAUGAUGCCUUCUACAGGUAUAAGAUGCCCAGGAUGCUUACCAAGAUAGAGGGCCGUGGGAAUGGUAUCAAGACAAAUGUUGUGAACAUGGUUGACAUUGCCAAAGCAUUAGCAAGGCCCCCAUCCUAUACAACAAAAUAUUUUGGAAAUGAGCUUGGGGCGCAGUCGAAAUUUGAUGAAAAAUCUGGAACUGCCCUUGUCAAUGGAGCUCAUGAAACUCCCAAACUUGCUGGUCUUCUUGAGAACUUUAUUAAGAAAUAUGUUCAGUGCUAUGGUUGUGGAAAUCCUGAAACAGAGGUCAUAAUAACCAAAACUCAGAUGAUCCAACUAAAAUGUGCUGCAUGUGGUUUCCUGUCUGAUGUGGACAUGAGGGACAAGCUGACAACUUUUAUACUUAAGAAUCCACCUGAGGCGAAGAAGUCCUCUAAGGACAAGAAAGCUAUGAGAAGAGCUGAGAAGGAGCGGCUGAAGGAAGGCGAGGCUGCUGAUGAAGAGCUGAAGAAGCUGAAGAAAGAAACUAAGAAAAAGGUUUCCUCCAAAGAUGCUAGCGCAAAACCUAGUUCUAAAAAGAAACAUGGUGGCUCCGCUGAGGAUCGUGUUUCACCACCUAGAAGCCAUGCUAAUGUGAAAGAAGAGGUGGAUGAAGAUGAUGAUGAUGAUGACGUCCAGUGGCAGACUGAUACAUCGCUGGAAGCUGCUAAGCAGCGUAUACAAGAACAGCUAAAUGCUGCGACUGCCGAAAUGGUUAUGCUGUCCACAGUUGAGUCAGAGAAAAAGAAGUCCAAGGCAGCUACUCAAACCCCGAGUCCUAAAGCAGCUGCUUCUGUGACACCUGAGAAUUCCAAGACCGAGAAUGGUGAGUCAAACCAUGAGAGGCUUGUUAGGGAAGUAAAAGCAAAUCUAAAAAAGGGAGUUACUGCCAGCAAAGUACAAUCCUUUUUGGGUUCACUCUCUGGAUCUCCUCAGGAAGUUGUUACUGCUUUGUACGACGCACUCUUGGAUGGCGUUGAGAAAGGAUUUGCCAAGGAGGUUAUUAAGAAGAAAAGCUACCUUGCUGCUGUUGCUCAAGAUGAGGAGUCUCAACUACGAUUGCUUAGAGCUAUAGAAGAAUUUUGUGGGAAAUCCAACGCAGUCACACUGAAGGAAGUGGCUCUGGUUUUGAAAGCUUUAUAUGAUGCUGAUCUAUUGGAAGAAGAAUAUAUAGUACAGUGGUACAACAAGGGCGUCGUAACAAACAAGGACUCCAAAAUUUGGAAGAAUGUCAAACCCUUUGUUGAAUGGCUACAGAGUGCUGAGUCCGAGUCCGAAGAGGAAUGAGAUCAGAAGUGUUUUUGCCUGUUCAGAUUGCUGUCUUAAGCUGGUUUGCUUUGCCUGAGAUGCUAUCGCGUUAGACAUUCACAUGUUUGUUUAUCUUAUGAUGUUUGUGUUUGUUUUUUUAUGAUAUUUGUGUUGUCUGUGCUGCAAACUCAUGGGGAAGUUCCAUUUGAUGUCUUUACGUGAAUAAAACUUCCCUUAUAUAGUACAUCUCCUUAUUACCCGUAAAAGGAACUGGUUCUUCAGUAGUUCUUUGUCAUGAUCGCUACCGACCUUUAUCUUAGACAUGUAUGAAAUCUGAUUAUUGAAUUUGGCAUUCAUUCCUACUCC